GCUCCAGUGAGGGGCUCCUGUCAGCUCCAUUGAUGUAUUCACGACUUCAGCAUCGUACCGUGCUCUGCCAAACCCGCCAGGCCCUUCUCAAGUGCCGGCAUUUGGUACAGCACUCUGCACACGCAGCCAACGGCAAUAUCCUUGGUGUAGCUGCCCGGCCAAGCCGUCUCCGUACCCGCCCCAUCCCCGCUUGUGUGCGCUCCUUUGCUACCUCAACCAUGGCUCUUUCGGCGCAGGAGCUCAGGGGCUAUCUGGCCGACUCGCCCCCGAGCGUUGUCCGCCUCGAGAUCGCAAAGCAUUUUGACGCCUUGUCCGACAAGCAGAAGCGAUAUGCCCAUUACAUCAGCCGCGCCUCCCUCGCGGGGAACCGUAUCGUGUUGCGCCAGGUCUCGCCAGAGGCCGAGUCCAUCUACGACCUCAUAAUCUCCUUGCACAAGGCCGCCGCUGGUGACUGGAAGGCUCUGGGCAAGAAGGCGGGUGUGUCUGAUGAGGCCGUCACGCACUUCCUCGCUUACGCCGCCCAGUUCCUCGGUAACGCGGGCAACUACAAGAGCUUUGGCGACUCCAAGUUCCUGCCCCGCUGCCAGGAGAGCGACGCGGCCGCCCUUGCUGCCAGCGACCCCGAUGCGAACCGCCACUACAAGGCCACCAACGGCGCCAUCUUUUCCGCCGACAAGCCCGGCCUGCUCCAUCUGGGCUUUCCUGACGAUGGCCACCUGACCGCUUACUACCCAGACUCCCCUCACAUCACCAAGGAGGAGAUUGAUACAAUCGCCAAGUUCUCCGGGGACAAGGGGCUCCUACCCGAGAACACGCGCGUGCGCAAAUCCGCCGAUGGCCAGGUCUUUGAGAUUCUUAUUGCUUCUGCCCAGACCUCGGUGCCUCCGAGCGGCGGCGACAUCGGCACCCAGACUGAGUUCAAGCUGGACAGUGGGCCUCUGUCUGGCAAGACUGUCAAGCUCGUUUAUGGCGACUACGCGGCCGAAAUGGCCGUCAUCGCCCAGAACAUAACCAAAGCGGUCGAAAACAGCGACAAUGACACCCAGCAGAAGAUGCACAAGGCCUACGCCGCCUCCUUCGACAACGGUUCACUACUGUCUUUCAAGGAGAGCCAGCGCCAAUGGAUCAGGGACAAGGGCCCGAUGGUCGAGUGCAACAUUGGCUUCAUCGAGACCUACAGAGACCCUGCCGGCGUGAGGGGCGAGUGGGAGGGUUUCGCCGCCAUGGUGAACCUUGAGAGGACGCGUGCGUUUGGUGCUCUUGUCGACGCAGCCCCGUCUCUGAUCCCCAUCUUGCCCUGGUCCAAGGACUUUGAGAAGGACAAAUUCCUCUCGCCUGAUUUCACCUCCCUCGAGGUUUUAACCUUUUGUGGUUCUGGGAUCCCGGCUGGCAUCAACAUCCCCAACUACGACGACAUCCGACAGACCGACGGCUUCAAAAACGUGAGCCUAGGCAAUGUAAUGAGCGCCAAGACACCCAACGAGAAGAUCCCCUUCAUUGCCGACGAAGAUCUCGAGGUGUACAAAAAAUACCGGGACGACUCGUUUGAGGUCCAGGUCGGUCUCCACGAGCUCACCGGGCACGGCUGCGGCAAGCUACUCCAGGAGACGGCUCCCGGCAAAUACAACUUUGACAUCAACCAGCCACCUAUUAGCCCGAUUACGAACAAGCCCGUCACCACUUGGUACAAGCCCGGCCAGACUUGGAGCUCCGUGUUUGGCGGACUGGCCGGUGCCUACGAGGAGUGCCGAGCUGAGCUCGUCGCUAUGUAUCUCGGCUGCGAGUUCCCCGUUCUCAAGAUCUUCGGCUUUGGGGAUGGGAGCGUCGACAUGGACGGAGAAGCAGGCGACGUCCUGUAUGCGUCGUAUCUGAGCAUGGCCCGGAUGGGCCUGAUUUCGGUCGAAUUCUGGGACCCAAAGAGCCAGAAAUGGGGCCAACCCCACUGCCAGGCCCGGUUUGCCAUCCUCAAGUGCUUCCUCGAGGCCGGGGACGACUUCUGCAAGCUUGUGCACUCCAAGGACGACCUCUCGGACCUCACCAUCAAGCUCGACCGUUCCAAGAUCCUGUCGGCCGGCAGGAAGGCCGUCGGCGACUUCCUGCAAAAGAUCCACAUCUACAAGUCCACUGCCGAUGUCGAGACGGGCUCCAAAUUCUUUCAGGACAUGUCGUCCGUCGGCCUCGACUACUGGGGCACCAAGGUGCGCGACGUCGUGUUGGAGAACAAGCAGCCCCGAAAGGUCUUUGUCCAGGCAAACACGUACCUGGACGAGGCCACCGGCAAGGUAACGCUCAAGGAGUACGACCCGACUCCGGAGGGCAUGAUCAAGUCCUGGGCAGACCGUGAGGCUUGAGCAGAUAACAAAGGGGGGUUUGUCUUGGCCCGUUUUAGAUCCCGACAUUCAGUCUGCUCCAGCUCAUGUCCGUGCAUGGAGCUUAAGAGGUAUUGCAUAUCAAGCUGCAUUCUGCGCUUCACAUCACGAAUCAGAAAGUCGCCAGGUGGCGCCGCGUAAAAGAAGUUCGAUAGCUCUAGCUUCAAAAGAGAGACCCCCAAAAAGAACCAGAAAGAGAUGCCUUGUGUGACCAUAAUAACCCCAUGGAAGAUCCGGAUCUUUUUUGUUCUUGUUGACUGUGUAAACCUCGAUUACAGACGCCAGAAUGGACCAAACCCUUUCAACGUCCG